AUGACUUAUGCAUUAGUUAAUUAUGGAUGUUUCGAUGUAUCAUUAGCAAAAGCUAGUGGAUGGAGAUCAGAUUUUCGAUAUUAUAAUAAAUGGUUGGCAUUAACUAGAGCAUUAUUAUGUGUUACAGUGAUGUUUAUUAUCAAUCGAUGGGCUGCUUUGAUCACAUUUGUAGUCAAUAGUAGAAUUUUUCUAUAUGUUAGAAGGACAAAACUAGAAAUUAAUUGGGGUUCAUCUGUUCAAGCUCGAGCAUAUCGACGAGUACAAUAUGCAACUCAUAAAUUAGAUAAUAUUCAAGGACAUGUGAAAAAUGUUCGACCAUAA